CACCAUCUCGCAUCCGCAUUGCCGCGGCCACUUCCUCUUUCUCGACGACGACGCCCGCACGGCCGCGGCUACCGAUGCGCACGCAGACACGAGCCUGAGCGCUGCCGGUCCGUCGCUCCGCUCCACCACCACCUCCUCCACCGCAUCCUUAUUCGCUGCAGCAUGGACGCGCUCGUCGCCCGCUUCCCGGCCGCGACGCCGUGGCACGCGCUGCUCGGCGGCCUCAUGCUGGCGUCGGCCGUGCACGCCUGUGCCCUGCAGCUCGGCUCGCCGCUCGGCAUCAGCGGCUUCCUGCACAGUGCCGUCGCCCAGCUGGCGCGUCGUGGAAGAUCCUCGCCUCUGUCACAGCAGCAGCCGGCCGACGCCGCCGCGGCAUCGCUCAGCGAGCGCACCGCACGCCAGACGGCCAGCCUCUUCACCGCCGGCAUUCUCACUGGCGGCGCAGUGCUCGGUGUCGUGCAGCGCCCGCUGCAGGCUGCGCUGGGCGUGCCGCUGCUGGACGCUGCACCCGCUGCGCCUGCGAGCGUCGCACUGCUGGCGCUGCAGGGGGCCCUCAUCGGUCUCGGCACUCGUCUCGGCAACGGCUGCACCUCGGGCCACUUCCUCUCCGGCCUCUCGCGUCUGAGCGUUCGCAGUCUGGCCGCCACUGCCACCUUCUUCGGCGUGGCCGUCGCGACUCAUCUGCACCUGCACGGCAGCGCUGCAGCGCCUGCAGCAGCCGUGCUGAAGCAUCUGUCGACUCGUGCGCCGCGUCCCGAACUCUGGGCCGUGCUGCUGCUGCAGGCGCCGGCAGUGGUCUACUGGCUCAUCGUUCCACGCAUGCUCGCAGCGGCUGAGAGCGCUGCUGCAUCUCGCCAGACGCGCACAGCCGAUGAGCGUGCACAGCGCCACUCGCACGCCGCUCGCAUCUCGGCGUUCACCAUCGGCCUGCACUUUGCCUUUGGCCUCGGCUUGACCGGCAUGCUGCGGCCAUCCAAGGUGCUCGGCUUCCUCUCGCUCUCGCCUCAAGCCUUCUCGCAGGGCACGUGGGAUCCCUCGCUGGCCUUCGUGGCGCUCGGCGGCAUCCUGCCCGCGUCGUUCGGCUUCUUCACACAGGUGGCGCCGCGCAUGAAGCACUCGCAGCCCAGCAUCCACCUCGCCGUGCCAAAGUGGCGCAUUCCGACGCGCACCGAUGUGAUGAACGUGCGUCUGAUCGGAGGCGCGACGCUGUUCGGCCUCGGAUGGGGAGCUACGGUGCGUCUGUGCCCGGGACCCGUGCUCGUCACCACCUCUGCUGCCGUCGUGCCUGCCCUUCUCGGCGGCGCCCACACUCAGCUGCGCAGUCUCGCCGUCUUCCUCGCGGCUCUCAUCGCCGGCGGCCAGCUCGGCGCUCUUAUUUAACUCGGCGCUAUUGCCGCACACCUGCUGCGCUACGCCGCACACACACGCUGCUAUCGCACGACGUAAUAUUAGGGUGUAUCUCGAGAACCAGGUCAGAUCUUCGCCAGCUGCCGGGCGUCGGCU